AGAUACCAAUUAACAUGGUAUUGCGUGUAAAAACUGACAGUAUGAUAGUGUCAAAAACAAAGAACAAAGCUUGGUGACACACACUCAGUUGAAACAUGCACACGCUACUCUGAAACUUCAAACCCCAAUAUGGGAACACUAGUAUACCGUAUCUCUAGAUUUAGUUUAUUCUUUUCACUCUCUCUUUCCUAAACCCUAUUUAAAAACAACCAUACCCCUCUUCUUUCUCCCAUGCAAUUACAUUACUUGUCUUUCUUUCAAUCUCAUUCUCCAACAUCAUCACUACUUGUUAAUUAUAUCUCUUCCCCAUAACCUCUUUUUCCUAUCUCUAUAUCAAAUUUCAAUUUGUCUCUGACACUUCCACUUUUAUACAAAUCUCUACCUAGCUCCAUACAAAAUUUGUGAAUUUUAUUAUUAAUAAAGAUGUCUAGUAGAAGGUCACGGUCAAGGCAAACAAGUAGUAGUUCAAGGAAUAUCACCGACGAUCAGAUCCAUGAUCUUGUCUCCAAGUUGCAACAACUUCUUCCUGAGAUUCGCAAUAGGAGCUCCGACAAGGUUUCAGCUUCCAGGGUGUUGCAGGAGACUUGCAACUAUAUUAGAAGCUUGCACAGGGAAGUUGACGAUUUAAGUGAACGUUUGUCUGAGCUAUUGGCUACAACAGAUUCAGCACAAGCUGCAAUAAUUAGAAAUUUACUUAUGCAAUAGAUUGCUCAUGUUUAGUUAUUAUAUUGAUAGUUAGCACUUCAGUACUUUAUGAGCUGAUGUAUUUCUUCAUUUCUGUACUUCACUUUUUUGUAUUUCCUUUCGUCCACUUAAUGCAAGUUUUUUAGCUUUAUUUAAAUUUAAA